AUGGGUGAUCGACCCCCAGUCGCUAGACAUCGAAAUGUAUUGGAUCCGAAUGAAGAUCCAGUGAGUGGACUGGAACGGGUCUCGUCGAUAACGAAUCUGAACGAUGAGGAGAGACGACAAAGGAGAUUGGCAGAAGAACGUAAUUUGAGAGAGCAG